AUGGCCCCAAUUGUUGAUAAAGAGAAUUUGCACAACGAGUUCAACAAUGUGCAUUUAAAGAGCCCUGUUAAAAACAACGUUUUGGCUGAACGCAAUGAAAAUAUGAGUGGCGAAAGCAUGGAGGUCGAGGGAAAGACCACUGAAGUGGUCGAGUUUGACCCACAAAAGGAACCACUACUAAGAGACAACCCUCGCCGUUUUGUCAUAUUCCCUAUUCAGUAUCCUGAUAUUUGGGAGAUGUACAAGAAGGCCGAGGCUUCCUUCUGGACUGUUGAGGAAGUGGACCUAUCCAAGGAUUUAUCAGACUGGGAGACUUUAAAGGACAGUGAGAGACACUUUAUCAAGCAUGUGCUGGCUUUCUUUGCUGCUUCUGAUGGGAUUGUCAAUGAAAACUUGGUUGAACGUUUCUCUCAAGAAGUUCAAGUUACUGAAGCUAGAUGCUUCUAUGGUUUCCAGAUAGCCAUGGAGAAUGUACACUCUGAGAUGUACUCUCUUCUUAUUGACACAUAUAUUAGGGACCCAAAGGAGAGGGACUUCCUGUUUAAUGCUAUUGAGACUCUCCCUUGUGUGAAGAAGAAGGCUGACUGGGCCCUGCAAUGGAUUGCUAGCCAGUCUGCAACAUUUGCAGAGCGCAUUAUUGCAUUUGCUGCUGUCGAAGGAAUCUUCUUCUCAGGCAGCUUUGCCUCUAUUUUCUGGAUGAAAAAGCGUGGUCUUAUGCCUGGCUUAACAUUCAGUAAUGAACUGAUAUCUAGAGAUGAGGGUUUACAUACAGAUUUCGCGUGUCUAAUGUACCGCCAUGUGGUUCAGAAGCCAAGCAAGGAACGUGUACUGCAGAUCAUUAAGGAUGCUGUAGUAAUUGAACAGGAAUUCCUGACAGACGCACUGCCCGUUAGGCUACUAGGAAUGAACUGCGAACUUAUGUCAGAUUACAUUGAAUUUGUUGCUGACAGACUACUUUUGGAACUUAUCGGGGAGAAGCACUACAACACAAAGAAUCCAUUUGACUUCAUGAAUCUGAUUUCACUAGAAGGUAAGACCAACUUCUUUGAGAAGAAAGUAAGUGAGUACCAAAAGUGGGGAGUUAUGGCCAACCAGAUGGACAAUGUAUUCACACUGGAUGCUGAAUUUUAA